UGUAAAUGAGGAAGUUCUAAACUGAAAGGAGAGGUUGUUCUCUUGGCUUGGAAGCGAUCUGAAGCCACUUGUUAGCUGUCUGCGAUGUAGGGGCAAAAUGCGUGAUAGCAGUUGUGUGGAGAAAGCCUGUGUGCCGGUGGAAUUGCUGAGAAACCCAAAUUACCUGCCUUCAAAAAAGCAUUCUACUAAAGUUAAACCAAAUAGAGCCUUUUCCUUCAUCAUCACAUGUUUCAUACUUAUAUUGAGUGGAAUAAUUAUAUAUGUUGUAGUAACUAGAAGAAAAUUCCAUCAAAUACCGCCAGAGUGCCUUGAAGCUGCAUGCCCAGAAAACUGGAUUGGUUUCCAAAGAAAGUGUUUCUAUUUUUCUGAUGACAUCAAAAAUUGGACAUUCAGCCAGAGGUUUUGUGUCUCACAUGGUGCUGAUCUUGUUCAGAUUGAAACCCUCCAGGAACUGGAUUUCCUGUUGCGGUAUAAAGGCCCCUCUGACCACUGGAUUGGGCUCAGCAGAGAAGAAGGCCAACCAUGGAAAUGGAUAAAUGGCACUGAAUGGACCAGAUGUUUUCCUAUUAGAGGAGGAGGAGAGUGUGCCUAUUUGAAUGACAACGGUGCCAGUAGUGCUAGGCACUACACGGAGAGAAAGUGGAUCUGUGCCAAAGAGGACACAUACACCAAGAUCAGGAGGCAAAAUGCAACGUAACUCUUCCCUUGUGAAUUGCACUCCUUCCCUAAUGUGUCUUAGCUCUGACAGUGUGGAACCUGCGGCGGAUUCUCUCUCUUGCUCCCCAUCAAAAAGAAACAUUAUAAAAAAUGAGCACCCGGAGAGACUGCUACAUAUAAUUGCUUUGUAUCCGGGUGCUGUUGUGUUACUCAACUUUGUAACUUUUUUCCGAAAACCCCGAGCAACCCAAAAAGCUUUCCUUCUAGAAUCCUCAUUGAGAGAAUAAAAGCGGUUUCUUUUGUACAUAACUUCUUGGCCUGAUUGCACUUUCAGAACAUUCCCUAGUGUUGGCAACAUAAGGUGACAUUCUUUACGUGCCUUCUCACUUACAUAAAAUAUGAGACUGAAUGAAAAGGGAAACAUCUUUUGAAAAGUCCUUGCGUACUUUACAAGUUUUAAUUCCUCUUGAUUGGAAGAUACUCCUUAAACAUCAAAAAUCUCAGCAUUUUUUUUCUCCUCAACCUCAUUAAAAUGUUAACUUUUUUUCAUUUUUAUUGAGUUUUAAUUUUAAUUCCAGUAGAGUUAACACACAGUGUUAUAUUAGUUUCAGGUGUAAAUACAGUGAUUCAACGAUUGUGUACAUUACUCAGGGUUCAUCAUGGUAAGUAUACUUCCUAAAGGAGGACACUUGUGAGGAGCACUGGGUGUUGUAUGUAAUUUAGUGAUGAAUUACUAAGUUCUGCUCCUGAAAAUAUUAUUACACUAUAUGAUAACUGACUAGAAUUUAAAUAAAAAUGUGAAACAAACAAAAAAGAGAUUAAAAAGUGAUAAAUGUACUCUUAAUCCCUUUCACCUAUUUCACCCAUGCCCCCACCUAUCUCCCCUGAGCUAACCAUCGGUUUGCUCUCUAUAGUUAAGAGUCUGUCUCUCUUUUAUCCUUUGAUCAUUUGUUUCAUUUCUUACAUUCCACAUAUGAGUGAAACCUAUGGUAUUUUCUUUCUCUGACUUCUUUUGCUUACAUUAUACUGUAGCCCCAUCUCUGUUAUUACACAUGGCAAGAUUUCAUUCUUUUUUAUGGCUGAAUUGUUUUUUGAGUUUGAUAACUUCAUUAUAGAUUUUGAAUACUAACCCUGUAUGAGAUAUAUUGUUUGCAAAUAUCUUAUCCCAUUCCAUAAAUUGCCUUUUAGUUUUGUUGAUUGUUCCUUUGCUGUGGAGAAAAUUUUUAUCUUCACAAAAUCCCAGUAGUGCAUUUUUGCUGUUUACCUUGCCUCUAGAGACAUGCCAAGUAUUCAUUGAUAGAUAAGUGGUUAAAGAAGAAGUGGUCUGUGUGUGUGUGUGUGUGUGUGUGUGUGUGUGUAUAUAUAUAUAUAUAUAUAUAUAUAUAAUGGAAUAUUACUUGCUAACAAAAGAAUGAAAUCUUGCCGUUUGCAACAACACAGAUGGAGCUAGAGGAUAUGAUAACCUAGUGAAAUAAGUCAGAGAAAGACAAAUGCCAUAUGAUUCACUCAUAUGUGGAGUUGAAGAAACAAAAAAAAAAAAAAACAAAGAAAGAGACGAACAAAAAAACAGAGUCUUCUCCCUCCUGGUGCUGCAGGGUCCCCCCCACAGGGGACCACCGAUGGCAAAGCUAGCUAAGCUUGCCUCUCCUGCCCUUGUGCACCUUGCGGAUCCACCCCGUCUAAUAUGCCCUUGGCCAGAUCCCAUUGAAGCAGCACCACAAGCCUGGCAGUGUGCAAGCAGCCCAGACAGGGACCACACCACUCCACAAUGAGUCCUGCCCCUGGAAGAGGGGGCGAUAAGGUACACACUGGUCUGACUGUGGCCACAGCGGGGGGCUGGGGGCAGACAUCAGGUCUGACUGCGGCCCACCCAACAGCACCAGUUACUCCAGACAGCACAGGGGAAGUGCCCUGCAGUUUGGAGCUACCGCAGGGACUGCCCAAAAUGAUGAAACGGAAGAAUUCUCCUCAAAAGAAACUCCAGGAAGUAGCGACAGCUAACAAAUUGAUCAAAACCGAUUUAAGCAAUAUAACAGAACAAGAAUUUAGAAUGAUAGUCAUAAGAUUAAUCGCUGGCCUUGAAAAAAUCAUAGAGGACAGCAGAGAAUCUAUUGCUACAAAGAUCAAGGGACCAAAAAAUAGUCAUGAGGAAUUAAAAAAAUGCUAUAAAUGAGGUGCAAAUAAAAUGGAGCAGCCAUUGCACAGAUCGAAGAGGCAGAGGAGAGAAUAGGUGCAUUAGAAGAUAAAAUUAUGGAAAAAGAGGAAGCUGAAAGAAAGAGAGAUAAAAUAAUCCAGGAGUAUGAGGGGAGAAUUAGAGAACUAAGUGAUGCAAUCAAACGGAACAAUAUCCGUAUCAUAGGAAUUCCAGAAGAAGAAGAGAGAGAAAGGGGCUGAAGGUGUACUUGAGCAAAUCAUAGCUGAGAACUUCCCUGAUCUGGGGAAGGAAACAGGCAUUGAAAUUCAAGAGGUACAGAGAACUCCCUUCAGACAUAACUUGAAUCGAUCUUCUGCAUGACUUUCAUAGUGAAACUGGCAAAAUACAAGGAUAAAGAGAGAAUUCUGAAAGCAGCUAGGGAUAAACAAGCCCUAACAUCCAAAGGUAGACACAUAAGAAUAGUAGCAGACUUAUCUACUGAAACUUAGCAGGCCAGUAAGGAAUGGCAGGAAAUCUUCAAUGUGAUGAACAGAAAAAUUACACAGCCAAGAAUCCUUUAUCCAGCAAGUCUGUCAUUCAGAAUAGAAGGAAAGAUAAAGGUUUUCCCAAACAAGCAAAAACUGAAGGAAUUCAUCACCACUAAACCAGCCCUACAAGAGAUACUAAGGGAUACUCUGUGAGUGAAGUGUUGCAAGGACCACAAAGUACAGAGACAUCACUACAAGCAUGAAACCUACAGAUAUCACAAUGACUCAAAACCCAUAUCUUUCAAUAAUAACACUGAAUGUAAAUGGACUAAAUGCUUCAACUAAAAGACAUAGGGUAUCAGAAUGGAUAAAAAAACAAGACCCAUCUAUUUGCUGUCUACAAGAGACUCAUUUUAGACCUGAGAACACCUUCAGAUUGAAAGUGAGGGGAUGGAGAACUAUCUAUCAUGCUACUGGAAGUCAAAAGAAAGCUGGAGUAGCCAUACUUAUAUCAGAAAAACUAGACUUUAAAUUAAAGGCUGUAACAAGAGAUGAAGAAGGGCAUUGUAUAAUUAUUACAGGGCAUUAUAUAAUAAUUCUAUCAGGAAGAACUAACAAUUAUAAAUGUCUAUGCGCUGAAUAUGGGAGCCCCCAAAUAUACAAAACAAUUAAUUACAAACAUAAGCAACCUAAUUCACAAGAAUUUGGUAAUUGCAGGGACUUUAAUACUCCCUUACAACAAUGGAUAGAUCAUUUAGACACAGAAUCAAUUAAGAAACAAGGGCCCUGAAUAAUACAUUGGAUCAGAUGGACUUGAAAGAUAUAUUUAGAACUCUGCAUCCCAAAGCAACAGAAUAUACUUUCGUCUCGAGUGCAUAUGGAACAUUCUCCAAGAUAGAUCACAUACUGGGUCACAAAACAGCCCUCCAUAAGUAUACAAGAAUUGAAAUCAUACCAUGCACACUUUCAGACCACAAUGCUAUGAAACUUGAAAUCAACCACGGGAAAAAGUCUAGAAAACCUCCAAAAGCAUAGAGGUUAAAGAACACCCUACUAAAGAAUGAAUGGGUCAACCAGGCAAUUAGAGAAGAAAUUUAAAAGUAUAUGGAAACAAAUGAAAAUGAAAAUACAACGAUUCAAACGCUUUGGGAUGCAGCGAAGGCAGUCCUGAGAGGAAAAUACAUUGCAAUCCAGGCCUAUCUCCAGAAACAAGAAAAAUCCCAAAUAAAAAAUCUAACAGCACACCUAAAGGAACUAGAAGAAGGACAGCAAAGACACCCAAAACCCAGCAGAAGAAGAGAAAUAAUAAAAACUAGAGCAGAAAUAAACAAUAUAGAAUCUAAAAAAACCAGUAGAGCAGAUAAAUGAAACCAAGAGUUAGUUUUUUGAAAAAAUAAACAAAAUUGAUAAACCUCUAGCCAGGCCUCUCAAAAAGAAAAGGGAGAGGACCCAAAUAGAUAAAAUCAUGACUGAAAAUGGAAUGAUUACAACCAAUCCUUCAGAGAUACAAGCAAUUAUCAGGGAAUCCUAUGAAAAAUUAUAUGCCAACAAACUGGACAACCUGGAAGAAAUGGACAAAUUCCUAAGCACCCACACACUUCCAAAAUUCAAACAGGAAGAAAUAGAAAACUUGAACAGGCCCAUAACCAGUGAAGAAAUUGAAUCAGUUAUCAAAAAUCUCCCAACAAAUAAGAGUCCAGGACCAGAUGGCUUCUCUGGGGAAUUCUACCAGACAUUUAAAGCAGAGAUAAUACGUAUCCUUCUCAAGCUGUUCCAAAAAAUAGAAAGGGAAGGAAAACUUCCAGACUCAUUCUAUGAAGCCAGCGUUACUUUGAUUCCCAAACCAGACAGAGACCCAGCAAAAAAAAAAAAAAAAAAGAGAA